GGGAGGGGCGGGCCGGCAGCUGACGCCAUCACCCCGGCACCUGCCAACAUGGAAGGUGGUGACGGCGGCGUCGCUGUGGCUGGCCAAGGGGUUCUGAGCUCUGGGGCGGCGGCAGCGACAGUCCGGGAGCUUUUGCAGGACGAGUGUUACAGUGAUUUUUUAAAUGAAGACUUUGAUGUGAAGACUUAUACUUCCCAGUCUAUUCAUCAAGCUGUAAUUGCUGAACAACUAGCAAAACUUGCCCAAGGAAUCAGUCAGUUGGAUAAAGAACUACACUUACAGGUUGUUGCAAGACAUGAAGAUUUAUUAGCACAAGCAACUGGGAUUGAGUCUUUGGAAGGCGUUCUUCAGAUGAUGCAGACAAGAAUUGGCGCUUUACAGGGAGCUGUUGAUAGGAUGAAAGCAAAAAUUGUGGAGCCGUACAAUAAAAUAGUAGCCCGCACUGCACAACUUGCAAGACUUCAGGUUGCCUGUGAUUUGCUUCGGAGAAUAGUUCGCAUCCUGUAUCUCACUAAGAGACUCCAAGGACAACUGCAGGGGGGAAGCAGAGAGAUAACAAAAGCUGCUCAGAGUCUUAAUGAACUUGAUUACCUUUCUCAAGGAAUCGAUCUUUCUGGAAUAGAAGUAAUAGAAAAUGAUCUACUUUUUAUUGCAAGAGCUCGACUUGAAGUGGAAAAUCAAGCUAAGCGCCUACUGGAACAGGGUGUGGAGACCCAGAAUCCAACUCAAGUUGGAACAGCUCUUCAGGUUUUCCAUAAUCUUGGAACUUUGAAGGAAACUAUUACCAGCGUUGUGGAUGGAUAUUGUGCUGCUUUAGAAGAACAUAUCAACAGUGCAUUAGACAUCAAAGUUCUGACUCAGCCUUCACAGUCAGCUGUGAGAGGGGGACCGGGACGCUCAACUAUGCCAACCCCAGGAAACACUGCAGCUUUUCGUGCUUCUCUCUGGACUAAUAUGGAGAAACUUGUGGAUCAUAUUUGUACUGUUUGUGGACAGGUACAACAUCUACAAAAAAUAUUAGCCAAGAAGAGAGAUCCUGUUUCUCAUAUUUGGUUCAUUGAAGAAGUAGUUAAGGAUGGACAAUCUGAAAUUUUGUACACUUUUUGGAAUUCAGUUACUCAAGCACUUUCUUCUCAGUUUCGUGUGGCAACAGAUUCGUCUAUGUUUUUGAAACAGGCAUUUGAAGGAGAAUACCCUAAAUUGUUACGUCUUUAUAAUGACUUAUGGAAGCGUCUCCAACAAUACAGCCAAAAUAUUCAAGGAAAGUUUAAUGCAGGUGGAACUGCAGACGUCUGCGUUGACCUACAACACAUUGGAGAUGAUGCACAAGACAUAUUCAUAACAAAGAAGCCAAAUUAUGACCCCGAAAAGGCUUUGAAAGACUCACUGCAACCCUAUGAAGCUGCUUAUUUAUCAAAAUCUUUAUCUCGACUCUUUGAUCCGAUCAACUUGGUUUUUCCCCCUGGUGGUCGCAAUCCUCCUUCUGCAGAUGAACUUGAAGGUAUAAUUAAAACUAUAGCAAGUGAACUAAAUGUAGCUGCUGUAGACGCAGACCUCACAAUAGCUGUGUCUAAAAACGUGGCAAAGACCAUCCAGUUAUACGGUGUAAAAUCGGAGCAGCUUCUGUCCACACAAGGAGAUGCAAGUCAGGUGAUUGGGCCUCUUACAGAAGGGCAGAGAAGAAAUGUGGCAGUAGUGAAUUCACUGUAUAAGUUGCACCAAUCAGUAACAAAGGUGGUUUCCAGUCAGAGCUCAUUCCCACCAGCAGCCGAACAAACUAUAAUCUCAGCCCUAAAGACGAUCCAUGUUCUUAUGGGAAGUGCUGUGCACCCCUUACUGACUUCCGUGGGAGAUGCUAUAGAGGCCAUAAUCAUCACCAUGCAUCAGGAAGAUUUUUCUGGGUCUUUAUCCAGCUCAGGAAAGCCUGAUGUUCCUUGUUCUCUGUACAUGAAGGAGCUUCAAGGUUUCAUUGCUAGAGUUAUGAGUGACUACUUUAACCACUUUGAAUGCUUGGAUUUUGUCUUUGACAACACGGAAGCUAUUGCCCAAAGAGCAAUUGAACUUUUUAUUCGCAAUGCCAGUCUCAUAAGACUUCUUGGUGAAGGUGGGAAGGUACGACUUGCGGCUGAUUUUGCUCAGAUGGAGUUGGCUGUGAGUCCAUUCUGCAGAAGAGUAUCUGAUUUAGGAAAGUCCUAUCGGAUGCUGAGGUCAUUCAGACCCCUGAUCUUCCAGAAGAAUGAACAUGUGGCCACUAGUCCUGCAUUGGGGGAUGUUAUUCCAUUCAGCAUCAUUAUUCAGUUUUUGUUCACCAGAGCACCCCCUGAGCUGAAAUCCCCUUUUCAGAGGGCAGAAUGGUCCCAUGCGCGCUUCUCCCAGUGGCUGGAUGACCAUCCAUCUGAAAAGGACAGGCUCCUCCUUAUCAGGGGAGCUUUGGAAGCCUACGUUCAGUCAGUAAGAAGUAGAGAAGGCAAAGAAUUUGCACCAGUUUAUCCCAUAAUGGUUCAGCUGCUUCAAAAAGCUAUGUCUGCUCUUCAUGAAUAACUUGAAGUAUUUCUUACUCUUUGUCGUAUGCUGACCCGAUUCAAGAGCCAUGGAAAAGUUCAUUGAUUUAUCCCAGCUUCCACAACAAAUCCGCAAAGCUAGGAUCUGAAUCCACGCAUCCUAGCUCCAGAGCACCUACCAGGCCACAUCUCUCAAUCAGCACACACCACACCGUACACAUUUACUAAUCCAUUUCCUUCUCUAGACUGGAAGCAAAGAAGCAGGCCCAUGUCUUAACAGAUUCUAAAUCCCCACGCCCAACACAUACACUAGGCUCUCAAAUUCAAAUAUCUGAUGACUAAUGAAGAGGUGAAAAAAGUUCUGCAGAACAUAAUAAUGUAAAAUUUUAAUUGGGUUCAGACCCCACCUCUUCCACCUACUAGUAGUAUGACUUGGACAGAGUAAAUAAACAUCUAGCCUCAGUAUACUUAUCUCUAAAAUGAACUGAACACAUGCCAUGUAGUGUGGCUGAGCUGACAGAACAGUGUCUACAAAACUCAGGGCAGAGGCUGGCACAUAGCAAGUAUUCAUUGGGGUAUAUAUUAUUACUGUAGAAAUAGCCAAGAUUGAUAGAACACAAAAUUUGGAGUCUCGAAAGGAUACAGACUUGAAUCUUGGUUCUGAUACAAAUGGCUGUUUCUGGUUCCUUAAGCACCGUCCCCUCCCCCACCGCCGGUAAAGUGAGGCUAUAAUCUCAUAGGAUUGUGACGAUUAAGUAUGUUAACACAUGUACAGCACCUGGUACACAGUGGACACUCAGGAGUUAAAUUCUAUCACUUGAACAGAAAUGCUAAAUUCACAAAGUCAGAAGUGACAGUCUGAAGCCUGCCUGAUGCCCAGAAGACUGGCCUCAAUUGUGUCUGGAAUGGGCUUCUUCAAAUCAUACUCUCAUUUAAAGCCUCCUUUCUACCAACGAACUAUAAAUUGUGUUUAAAAGCUCAUCUAUGGCUGACUUCUGGUCCUUACCAAGGUAAAAUCUAAUCAGAUGUCCUUCCCUGUACAGCAGGACCCAGGAGCUGCCCCCAAAUCCCCAGACUGUCCCUGGGAACCGAUUCUGGGGUUCCCUUUUGGACAAGUGUUUCUUCCUGCCUUCCUUCCCUUUCUGGCCCUCCUUAUACCAGACAGCACUUCCCUUAACCUGCCAAGUCACAAUCUAAUCCACAAUGAAAAUUCAGUCAAUUUCAUGCUUCUCAACUCUGUCAUGCUCUUUUCUCCUGGAUGAAACUGCCCAUUUUCCACUCCUUAAUGGGGAGCAGAAAGUCACUCCACAGGAAAAUGAGACCAAUGUCCAAGGUCAUCUUAGGGGUGACUGCUAUUCAGUAUGACCAACUGAUGAGAACCUACCGUCUUGGAAAAAGAAUUAGGUUAGUGUUGUUUUUGCUUAAAAAAGGUUUUUCACUAUGCAAAACUUAGUAUGUAAAAAAUGUAUUUAACUUUUAUGUUAGUUAUAAAGUGUACAAAGGAGUGAACCCACAACCUAAUUAAGAAAUAGACUAUUUCUACUCUAAAUAGUUCCACAUUUGCCACCCCCAGAGAUAACCACUCUCCUGAAUGGUUUAUCAUCCCCUUACUUUUUUCAAUAUUUUAUUAUAAAAAUAAUACAUUAUUCAUAAAGAGAACAUAUAAACACUAUAGUGUUAAUAGCAUUAUAUUAAUCUAUAGUAGCAUUAAUUAGGUUAACAUAUCCAUUGUAUCAACAUGUAAUAUGUAAACAUUCUGUUAUGUGGCACCUGUAACACAGCGGGCCAGACUGCUAUCCUGAGGGUAUCCUUAAAAGGCUGGCCCUGGACUAGCAUCUGGAAUUGCGAUUUUUAGAAGGUUCUCUUUAUUCCCACCCUGGUAAGAGUAGCUCACUGUGCCUCAAUUGUGUGUACAAACAACAUGGCUAGCCCUAAACACCUGCUUUCCUUUUGGAAGUCUGGAAUUUGAGUACACGCAAGGCAGAGGCAGCCUGUGCGACCAGCUCCCAGUAAAAACCCUAGUGCUAAGUGUGUAACAGCUUCCCCGGCAGAUGCCAGUUCAUCCCUAUUGUUACAACUCACUGCUGAGAGAAAUAAGGGUGCUGUGCGAUUGCGCUGGGAGGAGUCCUGGAGGCCCGGCUUCCUCUACACUUCACCCCACGUGCCUUUCCUUUUCAGGAUUUUGCUUCAUAUCCUUUCACUAGAAGAAAUCCUAGGCAGGAGUGUGACUACAUACUGAAUCCUAUGAGUCCUCCUGGUAUAUCACUGAACCCAGGGGUUGUCUUGGGGAUCCCCAGCAUAACUGUGUAAUGUAUGCUAUAUACAUUAAGUAAAAAUUAUAUAAAUGUAAUUAGAUUUGUAAUUUUAUUAGAUCUAUUUCCAAAGAAUACACACACAAAAAAUGGAAUUCUACCAUGUAUUUCUGAGGCUAAUUUUACUUAACAUUAUUUCUAAAAUUGAUCCAUGUUUCAAAACAUAUGGCUGUGGCUCAUUCAUUUUCCACUUAAUGUUGUAUUGUUUCCACGUUGUGCGAUCCUGAGCAACACAGCCACGAUGACCUAACUUAUACAUCUCCUUCUGCGUGUCUGUAAGGAUUUACUUCUCUAGGGCACACACACACACAGGAAUGGAAUUGUUGAUACUCAGUGUUCUAAGAUAAAGCCAUAUUAGGGGCACCUGGGUGGCUUGGUCAGUCAGGUGUCUGACCCUUGAUGUCUUGGUAUCAGCUCAGGUCAUGAUCUCACAGUUCAUGGGAUUGAGCUCUUGGUCGGUCUCUGAACUGACAGCACAGAGCCUGCUUGGGAUUCUCUCUGUUCCUCUCUCUCUCUCUC